GUUUGAAGUUUUGUCUUCUGUUUGUUUGGUUUUUUUUUAAUGAAAUAUUGCUGAGACUUAUCAUGUUCUUUAAUUGUGAUUUAAUAUAAUCAUUUUAUAAUAGCUAUAAAAGUAUAAUACCUAAAUUGGAUAGUAUGUAACGAUACUAGUAAGCUAGAAAAGAAGAUUUUCUUUAACUGCGCAGUACAAUUUACAUGUAUAACUGAUUCUAUUAACAGGGGGAAAAAUGUCAAGAACACCAAAGAAAGAGCCGAUAGGUAAGCACUUCAAAAACGGUCAGAGGAGACACCGGGAACACGAGACUGAAUCAAAUACAAAACAAGAUUGUGUCGCAGAUAAAAUGCAUAUUUUUACAGACCUUACACCGGCAUUAGCUAAUUCAGAACCGAGAAAUGGCCAUGGACAACAUAUUUUAACUCAGUCUGUUGGAGCAACAGGGAUGCCUGUCAAUACAAGUCCGAUGGCAGAAACUUCAGCAGACAUAAGACAAUCUGGUACCAUGGCAGAGCAAACUGAAAGACAAACUGCGUCAGAUGCAAUAUCCAUUCGUGGUCUGGCAGGAACAUAUGUGUCUUCUCCAUCAACUAUUCCUGACCCAAUCAGAUUAGAUGAACAGUUUUACCUUGAUAUGGCAAGAAUACCCGUGCAUCUCAGGAGUCAAUUUAUGUUCAAUUUAUAUCACCAUCAAUCUGUGGCUCCGCUUCAACCUAUUCCUGAAGAUCAACAAUACAGGAUUGAGCAAAAGAAAUUAUUAGCGAGAACGAUACUGACAAACAUCUCCAAUGAAAUGGAUAUUGAAGACAAAGUGGUGGAAAGGAUAUUAGAUAGCCUUGAAAAGCUAUGGUAUUAACAAGAUGGUGCAACAGAUUAUACCAGAAGCCUUAUCAUUGACGGAACUUUUAAAUUGUAAAGCCGCCUCGACUUCGACUUUGUUCAACGCGUUUUCGUUAAUUUUAUGAUAUAAACAGCUGGCGCAACGAUAGGCUGGAUAGCUUGACAAUAAACUAUGUUUUAGUGUACUGUAUAUUUUAAUUUUUUGUGUGGUAUUAUUUGCUUUUAAAAUGUUUUGCUGUUAGAAGUUAGAAUAAACGGUUUUAGAUCCUGAUUGCCUUCGUAUGGCCAGUUAUUUGUAAUUAUUGAGCAAAUUAAACAAAUCUUAAACUUGACAA